AUGGCCAGUGAUUCGAGGCAAAUGCAGAAUGAGAAAAUCAAGCAAAAAGCACUGUAUGAAUGUGAGCGUGGAGACGCUACACAGUUCAGUACUGGCCAAUUCAGCUGUGCCGAGCUUAACCGAUCUCUUCCUGCAUUCGGUCAUCUGAUUCUAUUGCGUGUAAUGGAGAAGGAGCUAACUGUGCUUUUUGAGGCAGUGAAGAAGGCUGCAGAUGCCGCUGAGAAAUCACCUGGGGAGGAGGAACGGUGCCUUGAUGCAUUAAAACAGCUCAACAAGUUCCCCGUCAAUUAUCAGCUCCUUGUAUCCACGCAGGUUGGGAAACGCCUCCGGCAACUGACAAAACAUAAAAGCAAUAAGAUUAAGGCUUUGGCUUCUGAUGUGGUUGAUGUGUGGAAGGACAUCAUUGUCAAGGAAACAACGAAAAACAACGAGAACGGAAUCGUUAAUAACAAGGAUUCUGUGAAAGCUGAGCCAAAGGGUGCUGAAACUGAUGGGAGCAAGAAGUUUCAGAGGUCAAGCUCCGUGAAGGUUGAGCAGGGGCCAUCAACAGACAAUGGGAAUGGGAAGUUGAAGAGAAGUAAUACGACAACUGGCACACCAAAUUCUGAGAAAUUAAUGAAGUUGGGAACUUCCUCAAAUGGGAAAAAUGUUGAGAGGGAUGAUGUCCAGACGUCAAAGAAUGCUGCUGGACAAUUCGUACAGAACGAAAAAAGAAUUAAAGAAGAAAAGCCGAGUUCUGAUAGGCAAAAACUGGCAUCAGACCCUGUUGGUCCUCCAAAGCUCACUUCUCUAGUUUAUUGCAAGGAUUCGGUGAGGGACAAAAUCCGGGAACUUCUUGCUGAGGCUUUGUGCAAAGUCUCGAGCGAGGUUGAUGAUGAUCUCAGAGAUCAAGUGAGUGCAUCUGAUCCUUAUCGAGUGGCUGUUUUAGUGGAGACUGCGAUGUUUGAAAAGUGGGGUAAAUCCACUGGUUCUCAGAAGAUGAAAUAUAGAUCGAUAAUGUUCAAUAUUAAGGACGCAAAAAAUCCAGAUUUUCGGAGAAAAGUUCUCCUCGGGCAGUUUGAGCCACGUGCCAUUCUUGAACUGACACCAGAAGAAAUGGCCAGUGAUUCGAGGCAAAUGCAGAAUGAGAAAAUCAAACAAAAAGCACUGUUUGAAUGCGAGCGUGGAACCACUCAACAGGCAACGUUAGAUGACUUAGCUUGGUAG